AUGAGCUGGAUCAAAUGUCCCUUGACCGACGCCGAAGUUAUGGGCAUCAUAUCAAGCACUCUGCCUUCUGGCUGGGAGGACGAACUCAAGCAAAUCCACCCAUAUGUAUAUUCGGCGAUGGCGAAAAGCCCUCUGCAUGAAGAUGAACUCCGUUUCUUAUCAGUCCUCAACGGCGAGCUCCAGGCCUAUCAUUCAAUGCGCCGAAAGUCCAUCGGCACGCCUACACCGCCCAUACCUAUACAUUCCGUCCUUCUGGCAGUUCGUGAACUGAUCGAGAAGAAACGCAGCACGCACACGCCAAUAACCAGAAAUCAUGUAUUGGACCAGAUCUGUCUCUCUGGCCAGUACGCCAUCUUGUCACACCGUUGGUAUCAAGAUAACCAGGAGCUAUCCUUUGUUGAUAUAAUCAACCUAGCCCAUCCUACCGUGCAAGCAAAGAGGGGAUACCAAAAACUAGUGGGGUUUUCGAAGAUUGUCCAGUCUUAUUAUGGAUGCCGUUAUCUCUGGGUGGAUAGCGCGUGUAUCAGCGAAUCCGACCGGGCUGCGUCGAUACCCCUCAUGUUUACUUGGUAUCGUCAUGCAUACGUUUGCGUUAUUUACUUGAUGUCAAGUUCUUCGACCAUUUCAAAGGAUCCAUGGUCCACCAGAGGAUGGACCCUCCAAGAACUUCUCGCCGCGGAGAGAGUUAUAUGCUUCACCAGUGACUGGCGUCCUGUGAAGGACUACUCCCCUGGGAGGUCCUUGUUUCAUGCUUGCAGAGAGGACUACACUUCCCUUCCCCCAAUUUCCUUGAUUUUCAACGAAUUUUUAAGUGUUACGGGAAAUAUGGAUUGGGCGGGGUACGAACCAGGCCUUCACCAAGCCUUCCAUUUAUUCGGUGCAAUGGGGACACGGGAGACUACAAUUCCUGAGGACAUGGUAUACUCUCUCCUCGCUGUUCUCAACAUCGAGAUCCCUAUCAAAUAUGGUGAAGGCUUCGAUAAAGCAUUUUAUCGCCUUCAAGUCAUAUAUCUCACGCAAACCCAAGACCGUCGCUUACUCGCAUGGCCAGGCGACAUUUCCUCACCGUAUAACUCGAUGCUUGCUGGUAACUACAAAAUACCGGCUUGGUAUGACCCCCAGAUUACGUACCCCGGAUGCCAUUUCAGCCCCAACAUAUACUUCAAUUCGAACUGUGAGAUGCGAAUCAUGGUUAGUCUUCAUCAACUCCACGCUUCACCAUCCAAGCCACAUUUUUUCGCCCCUCUGGGAGAAAAUACCCUGACCGGAACAUAUGUCGGUGUUUUGCUACGUUAUCACCGGGCCGGGCGGGUAUAUCAAAGGAUAGGGCUACAGACGCUCAAGAAAUCUGAAAUAUCGCUAGAGUCAAAAGCUCCUCAGUGGGUCCUCAUCAAAUAG